GUCAUAUUUUGGAUUUUAAGAAGGAAGGAGAAGAAUUUUCCGCGAAACUCCAAUCGAAUCGUAUUCAUAUAAUCCUUGGGAGGGAGUAUUACUCUUUCUUAGUCAUAGAAAUAGAAAUAAUUAUAAUAGAAUCCUGCUUUGGCUGUGUUUUUUUAAUUCCAAUUGUUUUUCACGAAUUCGCAAUUCGCUCGCUCAGUUAGGAUCCGAAAACCGCUCCUUUUUUGCUAUCCAUUCUAUACCAACAACAACGAUCUCAAUAUCCUUUUCCUAACUUUGAUCAGCAAUGCUUCAUAGGAACUUCAAGCCCGCCAAAUGCAAGACGGCUCUGAAGCUCGCCGUGUCGCGUAUAAAGCUGUUGAAGAACAAGAAAGAAGCGCACGUCAAGCAGCUCAAGAGGGAAUUGGCUCAAUUGCUCGACUCUGGUCAGGUCCAGACUGCUCGAAUUCGGGUUGAACAUGUGGUCAGGGAAGAGAAGGCGAUAACAGCAUACGAUCUUGUUGAGACAUACUGUGAGCUUAUUGUGGCACGCAUGCCAAUCAUCGAGUCACAGAAAAGUUGUCCCAUCGACCUGAAGGAAGCAAUUGCAAGUGUAAUAUUUGCAUCUCCAAGAUGUGCAGACAUACCAGAACUAAUGGAUGUUCGCAAGCAUUUUACAGCAAAAUAUGGAAAAGAGUUUGCCUCUGCAGCUGUCGAGUUGCGUCCGGAUUGUGGUGUACAUCGCAUGUUGGUUGAGAAAUUAUCUGCAAAAGCUCCUGAUGGUCCAACCAAGUUAAAAAUCUUGAGUGCUAUUGCUGCGGAACAUAAUGUUAAAUGGGAUCCUGAUUCAUUUAGUGGCACAGAUUCUAAGGCUUCUGAAGAUUUGCUGAAUGGACCAAAGACUUUUGAGACGGCCAGUAAAAUUCAAAUGGAACCUUUUCCUGACCCACCAUUGCCUAGUAGCGAUGACAAGGGACAUUCUAAUGUUCAAAUUCCAAAUCAGCAUGAUGAGAAGCGCGAUAUAUUCAAUGGGGACAAUGCAGGAUCUUCAUCUUUCUCCCAAAAUUUUGCUUCUACAGAUGUUUCUGUCAAUUACACAACCACAUCUGGAAAAUUUCAUCCUGAAGUGAGAUCUUCAGGAUCCAGAACCGAACAAAUGGAAUUUAAGAAUUCAUAUCCUGGAGACCAGAAUACUUAUUCUUCUGGUAGGCAGAAUUGGAAAAUGCAAUUCAAGGAUGCUGCAUCUGCUGCACAGGCAGCUGCCGAAUCUGCAGAACAAGCAAGCAUGGCUGCCAGAGCAGCUGCAGAACUUUCAAGGCAUUCUUUUGAAUCACAACAGUCUUCUGGUUAUGUUUCAAAAGAUGAAGGGCGUGAACAUGUUGUCAGAGCACCAGAAAAUAAUGCCUAUCAUGGAAGAAAUUCUGCAAUGCAUGAUGAGCAUAUUGUUGACAAGAAACAAGAGGAGCUAUCACAGAUGUCAGAAAUGUUUUAUGGGGAUGCUUAUAAGGGCACUGAUGGAUAUAGCCGGUCAGCUUCUUUGAAGUCCACUACAGCUUCUACUGAUGAUAACAUGUUGAUUAAUGAUCUCCAUAAGAUUGAUAGAUAUCCUCAAAAGAAGUUAUUUGAACCCAAGAAGAGUGAUCUGUCAGGUGAAGGGAGUGACAAGAAUCAGUUUAGUGAAUAUUUGGUAGAACCUGCUAGCAAGUUGCAAGAUGGAGUGAAAUCUGAGGACAUUACUUAUGUUGGUGAUUCAAGGACCAGAAAACAAUCUAGUAUAGUUUCCUCCCAUUCUCAUUCUAGCUCAUUUAGCGAUGAUCAGGAUGUUCUUAAAAAGAAUAAUAGCUAUGGUUAUCUUGAGGAUAUGAGAACUGAAAAACAGUCUAGCAGGAUUUCCUCUCGUUCUCAUUCCAAUACUUCCAAUGAUAUUCAUGAAGAUGAUUUGAAAAAGAAUUACCUCGGUGAGGAUUUAUUUGUUAAUGAAGGAAGCAUUUAUACAAACACAGAGGAGAUGAAUCAUAAUGAAAAAUCUACAGCAGUUUUUGAUGAUUCAGGUUCAGAUGAUGAUAACUAUAAGUUUGAUAUGGAAGAUUACAAAGAACAGGAAUCAAGUUCAUAUUUUUCACCUCCUAGUAGAAAGUUACCUAUAGAACUUUUAGCCAAUUCAACUGUUUGGGGACCCAAACAAAACCUUGAUAAGGAGCAAGGAAAGUCGAUUUCAAAGCCGCAUUCACCAUUAGAGCAGUCUUCUUCUGUAUUUUCUGAGGGUAUGACUGGUUCUACUAUCCCUUCAAAUGCAGAUUCUUUGUUGCCUGUGGCAUUUGAUGAUUCAGAUGGUCCAAGUUCAGACAGUGAAGACUUGUGCAAGUCUAAGCAUGUUGAGAGUACAACCUUUGAUAAAUUUCCGCACAGGGAGAAUGUACACUCCGUAAGUUCUGAGAAGGUGCAGAGUCCAAGUGAUAGUUCAAGAGGAUCAUCCUCUGACGAUAAUGAAAAUGUGGGAUCAAGGAAAAUGCCUUUGUUACCACCCUCUUCUGUUGAUUUGUAUCUAAAGGAAGAAAGCCCUGAUAGAAGCCAAGGGAGCAAAUUUAAUUCUGUAUUCGAGCAGAAGUUUGAUGUUGUUGAAUUGGCCACUGGUCCACCACCUACUGGGUUUAUGAAAUAUGGUCUGGAUUCAAAUUUUAGAGACAAUUUUCAAUCACCAGAUUUGCCUGAUACUAUGAAAGAUACUGAAUUUUCGGAGGGUUCUAGUUUGCAAAGUGGUAAGGAGUUGAGUUUUGGGACAUUGACUGGGGGUUUACGAAAUAAGGGUAAUAGGCAUCCAUUAUAUGCUAGGAAAUCAUUGGGGAAUUCUUUAUCAUCCAAAGAAGAAACUGCAGAUACCUUCUCUAAGAUAGCUCAAUCUUCCUCUUCUCCAACAGUAAGGAUGUCAAUUAGUUCUGUUGCUGAUAUUCAAAAGCCAUAUAAUCAGCAGGGAAACUCAAGUAUAGACAAGAAAACAGGCAUGAGAAAUGUAGAUUCUGAUGAUCAUUAUUUAGAAGAGAAACUCCCAGAACCUACAUUUAGGAGUCAAGAGCCAUACAACCGGAAAUCUGGUGUUGAACUAAAUAAAAAAGCAAGUUCAAGAGCCUCAGUUACUUACUUUGAUUCGGAUAAUAGUGAUACAGAGGAAAACCUUCCGAAAAUGACCUCCACCAGUAAUGCUCGUCUAGCCAGUGGAUAUUCUCGAAGGACGAAAAUAUCUUCUUCAAAAUCUGGUAAAACUUCUUGUUCCAAAGCUACAGUUUUGUCGGAGGAAUCAUUGGCUCCUAGAGCAGAAAGUAGGUCAUCUUUAAGUAGUUCCUAUGCCACUGAAAUUCGACCAAACAGCUUGUCUGAGACCAGCAGCUCAGAUCACUUGAGAGGUCAGGAGCAGCAUAAAUCAGUGGCUCCUACAGCAGAAAGUAGGUUGUCUUCAAGAAGUUCCUAUGCCCCUGAAAUUCGACCAUACCACUUGUCUGAGACCACCAGCUCAGAUCGCUUGAGAGGUCAGGAGCAGCAUAAAUCAGUGGCUCCUAGAGCAGAAAGUAGGUCGUCUUCAAGAAGUUCCUAUGCCCCUGAAAUUCGACCAUACCACUUGUCUGAGACCAACAGCUCAGAUCGCUUGAGAGGUCAGGAGCAGCAUAAAUCAGUGGCUCCUAGAGCAGAAAGUAGGUCGUCUUCAAGAAGUUCCUAUGCCCCUGAAAUUCGACCAUACCACUUGUCUGAGACCAACAUCUCAGAUUGCUUGAGAGGUCAGGAGCAGCAUAGAUCAGUGGCUCCUAGAGCAGAAAGUAGGUCGUCUUCAAGAAGUUCCUAUGCCACUGAAAUUCGACCAAACCGCUUGUCUGAGACCAACAGCUCUGAUCGCUUGAGAGGUCAGGAGCAGCAUAAGUCAGCGGAACAGGACACUUCUAAGGCAGUAACAGAAUCCAAGAGGUCGACACGACUGUCCUCAAGGAAACAGACAUCUAAUUCUCCUUCACCUCUGAAAACUGAAGCAUCUGGGGAAGCUUCUUCGUCAAAGGAGAAGGCAAGUCAUGUUCAUCCAAAGCUUCCUGAUUAUGAUGCCUUAACUGCACAUUUUCGGUCUCUCCGGCAGGGUGACUAGAAAUCUAUGACUUGGUUGCACAUACUAUUGUAGGUUGCUUUAUAAUGGUUGUUUUUCCAUCAUAGCUUGCAUAAUGUUAAAUUCUUGAUCUCAGAGGCAAGUGAAAAAUCAGGAGGAUGCAGGAUGUGUAUAUAUUACUUAGCUAUCCAUAUUCCGUUGCUCGUAGUGCCAUUGUUUUGUUUUAUAUUUGUACUGAGAAAAUAUGAGAUUACAUUGUUAUAAUGAAAUAAAUAUUUCUAUUGGCUGUGUUAAGAUAGAUAUUCAAGUUGUAGAAUACUGCUCUGUUUUGUCAUUUUGACUUUUAAUUAAUUAAUUAAUUUUUAUUUUAUUUUUUA